AUCACAACAAAACCAGACUCAGAGGACCCACACUCAUCAACAUCAUCUUGUCACUUCACUUGUGUACAUUUUAACAAACAGGUCCUACUUUGCAUUGCCAAAAUGAUAAAUCAGAUAAGAUUUCAACGGUUCAAAUCAAUCAGACCAUCAUAUUUCAAUACUCCUAUUUGUAUACAUCCAUACUCCUGAAUGUAUAUUAUCAAAAUUUACUUCAUUGGAUUGAUCGUAUCGUACAUCUUCCUUCCCCUGGAUUCUCUGGUUCAGAAAAACAAUUUCUUAAUUUUCUUUUCGAUUCUUCAAAUUCUCACUCUAAAGAAAAUCAGAAGGGCAUAAUCCGAAAUUUAUUGCGGAUAUUUGGGGCUAGGGUUUUACUUGAAAUGGUUCCCGUGGAUCGUUAUUCUGAUGAUGAUGAUGACUUAGAAGAUAUGAUGCCACCAGAAAACCCUUUGCCACUUCAAGCCAGGCCGUUUGAUGAUCAUAUGAUUCCUACUGAUGAUGAUGAAGAAGAUGAUGAUCAUCAUCAUGAUCAUGAUCGUCGUCGUGAUGAUGAUGAAGAUGAUGAGGAUGAUUAUGAUGGAGGUGGUGGUGGAGAUGAAACCGAAGAUGAUCUUCAAGAUAUACCUGUUAAUUCAGGAGGGAAUUUUCGAAAUGCUUCCACAAGAACUCGUACUAGUGAACUGACUCUUGCGUUUGAAGGAGAAGUUUAUGUUUUUCCUUCAAUUACUUAUGAGAAGGUGCAAGCUGUUCUUUUGCUUUUAGGAGGUCGAGACAUACCUACUGCUGUGCCUGCAGUUGACGUCUCUUACCAUCAGAACGAUAGGGUAUUCAACGUGUGUGUGUUUCGAAUCUUAGAUGAUCAUUAUGUUAUGUUUUUGUAUUUUUCUCUACUGUAUAAUUGCAUAAUGUCAAUUUUCUCUCAGGCUGCUAGCGAUGCUCCACGACGUUCAAACCUGUCAAAAAGAAUUGAUUCUCUCGUUAAGUUUCGUGAAAAGCGGAAAGAACGAAAUUUUGACAAGAAAAUUCGGUACAAUGUUCCUAAAGAGGUUUCUCAGAAGAUGCACCGUAAGAAAGGCCAGUUCGCAUCCUCAAAGCAGGCAAAGCAAGGCCGUGUUAAUUCCUCUAGUCGGGAUUCAUCGCAGUUUCUUCUUCAGGGGGAUGUGACUCCCCGUUCGGAAGUUGGUUCACGCAGAUGUUCUCAUUGUGGUACCAGUGAGAGUUCGACCCCAGCUAUGCGUCGUGGGCCAGCUGGUCCAAGGACUUUAUGCAAUGCAUGCGGGCUUAUGUGGGCAAACAAGGGAACUCUGCGAGAUCUCUCUAAAGGUGGAAAGACUCCGCUUUCUUUCCAAAAUGGCCAGGGGACCCGCAAGGAUACGAAAGCUUUGCCUACAGACACCAGGGAUUUAUCACCUGAUCUAGAUGAGGAGGGAACUCCUGAAGAUGUUCGUCGGGGAGCUUCUUAUGGCGACAUGGACGAGCAGGGAAGUCCGGAUGAUUUAAAGCCAUCGCGUAAGAUCAGAAAUUCUUAUGCUGAUUCUGACCAGGAGCUUUUUGAAGAUUAUACUAAGCCUUUAGCUUUUCAUAUGAAAAAAUCUUCUGCUAAAUGUAAAGAGCCGUCAUUUUAUAGGCCUACUAACUCCUCGACAAGGAGAAAAAAUGGCUGAGGACUACGCCAACAACUAGCUGGACACAGAUCUGGAUUUCUUCACAAGUACAGCUAAACUAGCAAAUUGCGGAGGGUGUGAUAUUUGACUCUUAGAUGAGUCUUGGAGGUGGAUUUUGUAACAGGGUUGUGGGUGUGGAUAUGAUUCCUCUUCUAGUUGUGUAUUGAUAGUUUUAGCGAUGGUUCCUGAAGGAAAGCUGUUUAUCGGUCUAUAAAUAUGAUGUGAUCCAUUUGCCAGGGAUUUUUCACUGGAUAUUGAUGUUGGUUUUGGUUAUAUUCAGUUUCUCCUCUUUUCUCA